AUGGCCCCUGCACAGGCCCCCGAGUCCGCCGACAAUGACCCCAGGCUGAGGUCGCAACCCGGCCAGGUCCGGUUUUCUACCAUAACUGAGGAAAUCGAGCCUUCGGAUCGCUCGGUACCUCCCAAGGCCCCGGGCGAUGAACCAAUUAGGAGUCAGAACCAAGAGGAGGAUCUCCGCUCACUGGCUGCGAGCCUUCAAAAGUCGCAACUGCAGGAGACUCGCUUGCGACAGUUCUCUUAUGACCCGAUUUCACUGCCAUCCUCAAGGGUUGCGUCUCGAGAAUCGAGCGAUCGCAGUGCACGCGAACCCAAUGGAUCCGGUCUUCCGUCUCCCCGCGGCUCUCCAACGGUGUCCGCCAUGCAGUCUCCCCCGCUUACACCAGCGGCUACUCAUUCCCGUGAAGCCAAGUCUACUGAUACAUCUUCGACGUCGAAUGCAACCGACAGAGCACCGGGACAGUCAGCUGCAAUGACUCCCACCACUUCCCCGCCGACAAGCGCGACCCUGAAGAACAAAGCUUCCCAGAGCGCCCCCUCGUCGCGGCCUUCUUCGACCGAUCAACUGUCGAAACAGAAUGAUGUCGCUCAAACGUCAUCGCAUCCGCAGAAUGGUGCAAGGCACCGGGCGCAGUUUUUUAUCGGCCCCACCGCCGAUGCAAGCUCGCAGGACGAAAGUCCUCCGCUGACUCCGAGGGCCGAUCUAGAGAGCUAUACUCCCCCAGGCGCCAUCACACCGGUCGGAGAGCCUAACGACCCAUAUGCCCGCAGCAAGCGGCCUCCGCAGCCAAAGAACCUUGCCCAACUCGACCAACGGUUUAUAUUCGGCGGCCGGGAUUCGAAACGUCGCACAAACACCUCAUCCUCUUUCACUCGCCCUAUGUCUCCACGGUCCGCCAGCGCAAGUGACCUCAGGUCGACCGAAAAGCGUAGCGGCUUUUUCGGAAGCAAGAAAGAAGCACGGCCGCAGGAAUCGGAAGGCAAGCACCACGGCCACAUGUCGGAGCUCAAGCGCUUUUUCAAGAGGAACCAUAAUAAGCACAAGCGUGGAGACUCGCCAUCAUCGAUCCCCUUCAAGAAGUCGAGUCGGUCAUCUGGGAAAGGCGGGCCUUUUCAUGCAUCGGACAGUGUUCCAUUCGCUGAUGACCAUGGGCUGAACUCGAAAUACGGGAAGUUAGGGAAAGUCUUGGGCUCUGGAGCCGGUGGAUCCGUUAGGUUGCUAAAGCGCAACAGUGACGGUGUGACUUUCGCCGUCAAACAAUUCCGGGAUCGUCAUUCGUGGGAAACCCUGAAGGAAUAUUCUAAAAAGGUCACUGCUGAAUUCUGCAUCGGCUCCACACUUCAUCAUGGCAAUAUCAUCGAGACACUGGAUAUCAUCCAAGAGGGAAGCCAUUGGUAUGAAGUCAUGGAAUAUGCCCCCUUUGACCUUUUUGCUAUCGUCAUGACGGGGAAGAUGGUAAAGGAUGAGAUUGCCUGUGCGUUCAAGCAGAUUCUCAGCGGAGUGGCCUACUUGCACGGAAUGGGCCUGGCGCACCGGGAUCUGAAGUUGGACAAUGUGGUUGUCAAUGAACAUGGCAUCAUGAAGCUCAUUGACUUUGGAAGUGCCGUUGUCUUCCGGUACCCUUUUGAAAAUGACAUUGUCCCUGCUUCCGGAAUUGUGGGCUCUGAUCCGUAUUUGGCUCCGGAGGUCUACGAUGAGAAGAAAUACGACCCACGGCCUACAGAUGUCUGGUCCUUGGCCAUCAUCUUCUGCUGUAUGACUCUGCGCCGAUUCCCAUGGAAGCAACCCCGCGUCAGCGACAAUUCUUACAGACUCUUCGUCUCUCCGCCGACUCCCGGUACUCCGGUCCCAGAUGCGGACCCCAAACGUCACCGGAUCAAGUCAUCUCCCGAUCUUCCUUCAUCCGUUCACGAGGAAAAAGCCUCGCAACCGAUCGAUAGCAAAAAGGGGCCGACCGACCAACCCAUGCAGUCCAAUGGAGCCCCAGCAGGCACCACUGGUGGGGAGGAAAACCGUCCCCCGGAGAGUCCCCAGGAAAGAACGCCCACGAACAAAACCAACGUGGACGACAGAAAUGCCCCUCCUCAUAAGGCCAGCCGCACCACAAGCAAAGAAGCCCCUCCCCUCCCGGCUUCAGCCCAACCUUCGGGUCAACGCCAAGAAGUCAUCAAGGGUCCCUGGAGGCUUCUGCGACUUCUGCCGCGUGAGAGCAGGUAUAUCGUUGGACGCAUGCUCAAGGUGAAUGUCAAAGAGCGGGCCACCCUCGAUGACGUUCUGACCGAUGAAUGGGUGCGCAACAUCAAGGCUUGUCAGCAGGAGCUUUCGGGCGAGGUUAUCCGAGCUCCUGGUCAUACGCAUGUCCUGGAACCCCCAUCCGCCAGUGUCCCGUCCGGUGCCAUCGCCGGCCUCACGGUUGAUUGCUCCCUCUACCCCCUCGACACGAUCAAAACCCGCCUCCAGAAAGCCCGGACCCAAAGCCCAUCCGUUGCGAUCCCGAGCCUCUCCCUCCGCCAGACCAUCCGUGGCAUCUACGCAGGUCUCCCCUCCGUCCUCUUCGGCUCCGCCCCGUCCGCCGCAUCCUUCUUCAUUGUCUACGAUGGCGUGAAACGGACUCUUCUCCCCUCGACCCCCUCCGAAACCCCCUCUCGCUCCCACAUCAUCCUGACUCACUCCCUCGCUUCAUCAAUGGGCGAGGUCGCCGCCUGCGCCGUCCGAGUCCCCACCGAAGUCGUCAAGCAGCGCGCCCAGGCCGGUCUCUUCGGCGGAUCGAGCCUGCUCGCCCUCAAGGACAUUCUCUCCCUGCGCCAUCCGGACCCAGCCACCGGUGCAAAGCGAGGCUACGGACAGGUUGUUCGAGAACUAUACCGGGGCGCGGGCAUCACCAUUGCCCGUGAGAUUCCGUUCACGGUCCUUCAGUUCACCAUGUGGGAGUCGAUGAAGGAGGCGUAUGCCAAGCGCAUGCAGGAUGGAUAUGCGGGCGUUGUCCCCGCCUCUACCAGUGCCAUGUUCGGCAGUGUGGCGGGUGCCAUCUCGGCUGGGUUGACGACGCCGCUGGAUGUUAUUAAAACGCGGGUCAUGCUGGCCCGUCGGGCGGACGGUGCCGGCGUGCGGAUCAGAGAUGUGGUGCAGGAGAUCUCCAAGGAGGGCUUCGGGGCUUUCUGGAGAGGAAUUGGUCCGCGUGUGGCUUGGAUUGGUAUCGGUGGUGCGGUGUUCUUGGGUAGUUAUCAGUGGGCGUGGAAUACUAUGGAGGGGAAGAGGGCUGCUGAGGAGAAGGAAAGUACUGGGAGCGAUCGUCGCUUCUGCCUCCGCAUCGUCCCUUCACCUCCGCAUUUCCUCUGCCACCUGCGUCAAUCCCCCUCCCACUGCAUGGCCCGAAAACUAAACCACCAGAGGGUCGCCUAUGUGCUCCCUCUGCCAGAUGCUCCUGGUGGACAUAGGCUGGGCGUUAAUGGUCUAACUGUCGAUACGGACAAUUCCAUCCUGUAUUCGGCGGGUCGCGAUGGUGUCGUCUGCUCAUGGGACCUCAACCGCCCCCUCUCGGGCGCGUCAUCAAAAUCCACUUCAACAACGUUUAGAAACCAAGUACAGGCUCACAGCCAUUGGAUCAACGACAUUGUCUUGACCAAGAACAAUUCUGCGCUCGUUUCCGCCUCUUCCGAUACCACCGUACGGUUAUGGCGACCGCACUCGGAAAUCACCGAGGUCCCGAAUCCCAUCGGAAAACACACUGACUACGUGAAGGCCUUAGCGACGCCGGGAAACCACUCCUCGUGGGUCGCAUCGGGCGGGUUAGAUCACAAGCUCUAUCUUUGGGACCUGAAUGGCGGCGGGGAGAUUCUGGGUAUUGAUGCCUGCGGGGAGGACCGGACGGCAAAGGGCUCGAUUUACGCCCUGGGCGCUGUAUCCUCCGUCCUUGCCAGCGGCGGACCGGAAAGUGUGGUCAUGGUGUGGGAUCCAAAAUCCGGAAAACUGAUUACCAAGUUCGUGGGCCAUACCGAUAACAUCCGAGAUAUCCUCAUCAACCAGGAUGGCGAUACAAUCAUGACCGCAUCUUCCGACCAGACGGUCAAGGUUUGGUCGCUGACGGCAGGAAGAUGCAUGCACACCUUGACGAUGCAUAACGAUAGUGUCUGGUCGCUAUAUUCAAAUCAUCCACAACUGUCCGUCUUCUACUCGAGCGAUCGGUCCGGUUUGGUCGCCAAAACCGACACGAGACAUUCCCCGGACAUUGAGCAAGGCGUCUGCGUCGCAGCACUGCAGGAGCACGAGGGAGUGAUUAACGUUGUAGCGGCGGGGGAUUACAUCUGGACAGCGACCCCGAAGUCCAGUAUCAAUCGUUGGAGGGAUGUCGAUACCACUGCCGAGAUAAAGUCACCGUCUUCGGGAGAAGGACAACGCGAUAAGUCCAGUACCGAAAAAGGUUCGUCAGCGAAACAGGCGCCAAAGAAGAUACCAUACGAAUCAGUUUUGUUACUGUCAAACACAUCCACAUUCCCCAAAGCGAGAGCUCCUAACGACAUGGCGCCGGGCUCAGUACCACAUGCACAAGGGCCACCAUCGGGGUCAGAUAUGGAGGAUGAAUUGGGACUGACUUUGCCCGUUCAGACCUUGCCCGAGGAGACCAUAGAAGGCCAACAUGGAUUGAUCAAGCACUUUAUGCUGAAUGACCGCAAACGCACGUUGACCCAGGAUUCCGCUGGCGAGGUUGUUUUAUGGGACCUCCUCAAGUGUAAACCUAUCAAGUCAUAUGGAAAGAGGCAUAUAGACGAUGUCGCAUCCGAGAUUAAUACUAAUGAGACCAUCGCUCACUGGUGUACGAUUGAUAUCCGCACUGGAAGACUAUCAGUGAUCUUGGAGCCAGGCCGCUGUUUUGAUGCCGAGAUAUACGCCGACGAAACCGAGCUGGAAGAUUAUUCGCAGUUUCGCGACGAUCAGAGGAUCAACCUAGGCAAAUGGAUCUUGCGCUGGCUCUUUGCGCCACUGGUUGAAGAGCAUGUUCGUCGCGAUGCCCAAUAUCGCGCCAUGGCGACAGCAAGGGCGGAGGAGCUUGCUAAGCUCACCACGACCAGCGCCUCCGCACCAAUGGAUAUACCGUCAAAAGAUGGAUCCAGACGGCCAUUAGGCUUGCAGACGUCUUUGGAUGCCUCCUUCGCAACCUUCCGGUCAGGAUACGACUCCCUUGGCAGCCCCACGACGCCCGGUUUUGGGAUCGGUUAUGCGACGAGCCCCGGGGGUCUAGGGUCACCAGCACUCCCACAUAGCUUCAACAACAACAGUUACUUCGGGACGUCAAUAGGCGAGACAUCCGACUUUCUGAUGUCACAGCAAAACCCCGAUGUGACUCGAACGUCUUUGUCGGAUCGCUCGAGCGAUUAUUUCUCCUCGUCAUCUAAGCCUCACGGUCUGGCUCCUAUAGAUACAGACAAGGCUCCACCGACACCGGGAGAGCCGACUCCAACCGCCCUGCCUCAAUCACCGGCUGAGCCCGACAAGGAAGAGCGGAAAAGAGGCGCAUCCAUCUUCGGGAAGAAGUUUCGAAUGGACUUUCCCAAGAAAUUGGGCCGGUCUUCCUCGGAGGUCAAGCCACAGAUUCAGGAAGAGAAGGUGGAAGAAUCGGACCUAUCAUCGGUCAAGGAGGAAAGAGUGUUUGAAACCAAUCUCGGCGGGUUCAUCGAGCGAACCCGGCAUGAGUAUGAGGAAUGGCUGUCUGCCAACCCAGGCCAGGAGCUCAUAUCGGCCUUUGCGCCGAGCCCCGAUAGCGAAACCCCCGCCUUGAACAUACCUCCGCGCACGGGGGUUUUCAUCCAAGAGGAAUCUGGCGACACUGCGGUGGCUUCGGAUUUGUACCGGGGUACUGUGGGUCAGAUCAGCCAGGAGAUUGAUAAGCUCGAGAAGUCGAUACCGCUGUGGCUAGCUGACUUGCUGCUCAAGAACCAAAUGCCUGUAAAGGAACCGGUCAAGAUCGCGUUCACGCUGAAGCCCUACGACGAUCUUCUACCGCCUGUCGUCAAGCCAGAGUAUACCAGACCGGCUACCACCGCGAACACGAACAAUAAUCGCCUCAAUGCCAACCGCAUGCUGCGAGCCAAGAAGAUCCUUGCCUACGUGGCGGAGCGGAUCGAUCCGCCCAACCUCGACGAGCCAGAAGAGAAUGUGAUGAAGCCCGAAGAGUACUUGGAGUUGUAUUGCCACAAGAUGUUAAUACCACCGAACAUGACUCUGGCGACAAUCCGCGCACACAUCUGGCGAUCCUCGGGGGAUAUGCUUCUGCACUACAAGGCAAACGGAAAGAAGGAGAUCCGAGUGAGAGAUGGGGAGAGAGGGCUCCAUGAGUUAGGGUCUAGUCGUUUUCUUGAUCCCGGGAGCGCCGCCAACGGAGAGGGCGGAAUCGCAGCCCCAGGGAGUAUCCAUUCGCUGACAGCUUCGGGAUCCGGUGCUGCUUCGAUCAGCAACUCUUGA